GGGAUUACUGGGUCUCCCCAAACUAUCAUGGCGUCCUGUGAAGAUGGCGACUACCAUUAAACAGGCGUUGCUGGAUUUCCUAACUAUUUAAAUUCAAGGAAUUGGAGCCAUAGAGUGAGAGACGAGGGCCAGGAGAACAGUGCUUGGGGCCAGAGGUUUUCAGGCCAUCACUCACCCCCACACAGAGCUGAUAAAAUGGAGUGUGCGAUGGACACUCGGCAAGGUGUGGACGAGGCAGCAGAGAGUGAACACACUCUAGAGGAAACGUCUGCAAAAGAAGGAAGUGAGAUGCUGCACAAGAAGAACAAGAAGCACAAAAAACACAAGGUCAAAAAGAAGAAGAAGAAACGCUGCAAGGGAGAGCGGGAGACCAGCUCAGAGUCGGUCCCAGAGUCCGACGUAGAGAAGCCACCAGUCAGAAUCAGAGCAGGCUUGAGGACUCAUGGCCUAGUGGCUUCUGAUGCAGGAGCAAGCACAAAAGAUGAGGCAACAAAGGGCUUGAUCACAGCAGAUAAACCUGAGGUAUGUGAUGCUAAAGCCAGAAAACACAAAAGACAUGUUGGGAAAAAGAAGAAAAAGAGGAGGAGAAAAGGGGAAGAGAAGCAGGAGAAGAACUCACCUUUACACUCCCCAUCAGAGAGCGAAUCUAUGUCGGGGUCAGAUUCUGAGUCUGAGGAGAAGCCAGCUGGCACGGUUGUGCAAGCAGUUCCCAUCCUGUCUAAGGCCAGACAAGAGGAAAGGGUGUCCUCCCUACGCCUAACUCUCGGCCAAAAAGAGGGGUCUCUGAAAAUGUGUCAAACCUCGGAUGAGCAGUCUGCGGAUGCACGAGGAAAGACAGAAGAGAAGGCGCCCCCUGCUGACAGCGAGGAACAGACAGUCUCUUUCAUAAAGGCAGACGAUUCACGGAGCGACAGGUGCUUCAGUCACACCCAGGAGCUUCCGGACAUCAUCCCCAAGCAAGGCGGCCAGAGAGAGGAGACAAACGCAGGGCAGAGGUCAAAGGUGAAUAACCAUGCUCCCUCACGGUCAAGGUCACAGUCACUGACGGACACUAAAAAAGCCAGAUCGAGUCUUAGUCAUUCGACAAGCUCCAAGCAGUCCAGAUCAAGCCGCAGUCGUUCACAAAGCCCCAAGCGAUUGUCUGGUCUGCCUGUGUCUAGCAGGGGCAGGUCUCGAUCCUUCUCAAAGAGCAUGACUCCCAAGAGGAAGCAGUCUAAGUCCCUUAAAAGGACAGGACGUAAGUCCCUUUCUUUGUCCCCUAGGAGAGGACACAAGUCUCCUCUGUCCCCCAGGAGAGGAAGCAAGUCCCCUUCUCUGUCCCCCAGGAGAGGAUGCAAGUCCCCUUCUCUGUCCCCCAGGAGAGGAUGCAAGUCCCCUUCUCUGUCCCCCAGGAGAGGACGCAAGUCCCCUUCUCUGUCCCCCAGGAGAGGACGCAAGUCCCCUUCUCUGUCCCCCAGGAGAGGACGCAAGUCCCUCCUCUGUCCCCCAGGAGAGGACGCAAGUCCCCUUCUCUGUCCCCAGGAGAGGACGCAAGUCCCUUCUCUUGUCCCCAGGAGAGGACGCAAGUCCCCUUCUCUGUCCCCAGGAGAGGACGCAAGAGAGGACGCAAGUCGUCUCCUUCUGUCCCCCAGGAGAGGACGCAAGUCGUCUCCUCUGUCCCCCAGGAGAGGACGCAAGUCGUCUCCUCUGUCCCCCAGGAGAGGACGCAAGUCGUCUCCUCUGUCCCCAGGAGAGGACGCAAGUCGUCUCCUCUGUCCCCGGAGAGGACGCAAGUCGUCUCCUCUGUCCCCGGAGAGGACGCAAGUCGUCUCCUCUGUCCCCAGGAGAGGACGCAAGUCGUCUCCUCUGUCCCCCAGGAGAGGACGCAAGUCGUCUCCUCUGUCCCCCAGGAGAGGACGCAAGUCGUCUCCUCGUCCCCAGGAGAGGACGCAAGUCGUCUCCUCUGUCCCCCAGGAGAGGACGCAAGUCGUCUCCUCUGUCCCCAGGAGAGGACGCAAGUCGUCUCCUCUGUCCCCCAGGAGAGGACGCAAGUCGUCUCCUCUGUCCCCCAGGAGAGGACGCAAGUCGUCUCCUCUGUCCCCCAGGAGAGACGCAAAGUCGUCUCCUCUGUCCCCCAGGAGAGGACGCAAGUCGUCUCCUCUGUCCCCCAGGAGAGGACGCAAGUCGUCUCCUCUGUCCCCCAGGAGAGGACGCAAACUGUCUCCGUCUCCAAGACGAGGGCGGCGGUCUGCGUCCAGGCCUCGCGGUCGUGUCAGGAGGUCGAGGACCAGAACCCCUCCCCCUCGUCGUGGUAGACCCUCGAGGUCCCGCUCGCCUGUGAGGCUGACUCGCCGCUCACGCUCCAAAUCUAGACGGCUCCGUCAUUCCCGGUCGCUGAGAAGAGGCCGGAGCUCCAAGAGCUGCUCCCCGUCUCACAGGAAGAGGUCCCCCCCCAGGACACGACAGUCCCGGUCUCCGGUCAGGAGAGGCAAGCGUACUCGCUCCCGCUCUGUCGUGAUCCUGAAGAGGAACAGGAAAGGCUCACUGUCCAAAUCCCCAACCGGCAAGAACACCAAGUCCCGCUCCAGGAGCUGCAGGAAAUCCAGUUCACCAGUACAGAAAAUACUUUCCAGAUCACCAAAGCGGGGCAGGACAAAGUCCAGAUCCCCAAGACGCAGUAAACCAUCAAGAUCACCAUUGCCAUGUAACAGGUCUUGUACUCCUAAAGCCAAAUCCCUGAAAAGAAACAAGUGUUCACUGUCAAAAUCGCCCAAAAGAGACAUAUCGAAAUCCAGGUCUGUCUUAAGCGACAGGCAAUCUGACAGCGUAUCCCCAGAACGCUCAAGAUCCAGGUCUACUGCCAAAGACCUGAAGUCUCUGAAAUCGGUCAAACAUACUGAAGACAAAACUGUGAAUGAUGAAGCACCUACCAAGCCUGUUGGGGAGGCUGUAGCAACAGCUGCAGCAGGGCCCUGGAAGCCCCUCCCUUGGGCUGCAGCCUCCAGUUCUAUCAUACAGGGCAAGCCAGUGGCUGGGCAGGCUGACGAGAGUAGCUCUGAGAUUCCAUCUGAAGACCACGACUCUGCAGCAGAAGAGCCAAAGGGAGCAAGAAGCCCAACAAGCUCCUCUGAAGAAGAGCCAGAUGAGCAUGCUAUCUCCAGGUCUGUGUCACCAGAGACCGUUUGUGCUGAUCGCCGCUACAGGGCAUCAUCUUCUAAAUCCUCCAUCAAGAAGGCAUCAUCCUCGAAGCAACGUCAGUCCUCAAAAUCAGCAUCUCCUGCCAGGAAGUCCCACUCACCUGCCGGCAGAAAGACGUCCACCUCUCCCUCACGGAGGUGCUCCCGGUCCAAGUCUAUCUCUCCUUCUCAGUCCAAGUCUGCCUCCAGAAGGAGGCGAUCUAUGUCCCCAUCCAGGAAAAGGAAGUCUGUCUCUCCGCCUGCCAGACGGAAGAAACGGUCCAAGUCCAGAAGUCCUGUCCGGCGCAGGAGAUCACACUCUAAGUCACCAGCACGGCGCAGGAAGUCACGUUCCAAGUCCAGGACCAAGCACUCAAAGUCCCGCUCCCCGGCCAGAAGGAAGAGGUCCAAAUCCACAGACAGGAGCAAACGCCUCAAGUCUCGUUCUCCAGGCCGGAGGAGAAGGUCCGGGUCGCGACGGCGCCGACCCAUCAUGCGAAAUCGCUCAUUUGACCGCCGCGACCGAUGGAAACGGGAACCAAGCCAUUCACCCAUCCUCAUCCUCCGCAAGCGCCGGUCCACAUCUCGAACCCGCCGCAGUGCCAGCAAGACCCCUCCUCGUCUCACUGAGCUGGACAAAGACCAGCUCCUGGAGAUAGCGAAGGCCAAUGCAGCAGCCAUGUGUGCUAAAGCAGGUGUGCCCAUUCCAGAGAGUCUGAGACCCAAGGCCAUCCUCCAGCUUCCCCUGCCCAACCCAGCCCCAACCCCUCUGAAUCUGCCUCUUCCCCUGCCCUUGCCUCUCAACAUGCCCGGCAUGGGAAUGCCCAACAUGAACAUGCCCAGCAUGAACAUGCCCAAUAUGGCCAUGAGUGCUGCCAUGGCCAGUAUGAAAGCUGCCACCAUGACUGCAGCCCUCACCAACAUGGCCCAGAUGUCAAACAUGCCCCAGAUGGCCCCCCUCCCCACCAUCACCAACAAGCCCCCUCCUAGCCAGGCUCCCCAAACAACCCUUCCCCCCCUCAACCUGGACCACAUAGAGGAGGUGAAGAGGAAGGUGACUCAGCAGGCCAACAUCUACAGCAUCAAGGAGCUCACUGAGAAAUGUAAGAUGAUAGCGGCGAGUAAAGAGGAGAUGGCCAUAGCGAAGCCGCAUGUGUCUGAUGACGAGAAUGAGGACAGGAAGCCCUGUGGCAAGAGCUUCUUAUUAAGUUAACUUUCUUUGGGGCACAUCAGAGGUUCUCCCCAUGGAUACCAUCACCAGGUGGACAGAAGUCAAGGUUGUUGUGGUUAUAGAGCAGGAACCUCAUCAGAUACUGCCAGCCCUUGUUCUCUGGACAAUCGUUCCCUCCCCAGCCCCUCCCAUCAGUACUCUAGCUGUCUGGGGAAGUGUUUGAAACGUCAGUGAUCCUGUGUCCAUUGGACAGACUGGCCUGAGUGUUCUUGUGUGUCAUUGGAUGGAUUGCAGUGUGUACAGUGUGGUUAUCCCUAGCUUCUACACGUUGCUCAGACAGAGCUCUCUGGACAAUGACUGAAGCAAAAUGAUAGGAACAUAUUUUCAAUGUUUUGUCAACCCUUUCUAAUGUUAAACUUCUGUUUCUUUUUUAUUGUGUUCAGUAAUAAUAUUUCCACCUCAUGGUUCCUUUAGUGACAUUUUAACCUGUAAUUAAGUGAACUGCUCGGUCUGCCCUCAGCACGCACGGGCACACAAAUACACACAUCAGUAAUAUGAUGGUCAGGUGUGUCUUUAGUGACGGGCAGACCGACCAGGUCUCUCCAUUGAGAAGACAAACUUAUCAGGUCUUUGUAGGAUCCACUCUAAAUGUUUUGUCACUUCUCUAUAUAUUAACUGAUGUAAUCUUUUGCUAUUUUAAUGACAAAUACAUUUUAGGAUUUCCUUGAUCAGUAGUAGAAUAUUAUUUGGCUGACUUUGUACAUAAUGUGUUGAUUAUUAAAGGAAACCAGAAAAUCA